AUGUGCGAUUCAGACGAGGAUAACGCAUUCUCGCAUGAUUCUGGAUACAUCACGCCGCCUUUGUCUCCCACGAAAACCAUCAGCACUGAAGGAUGGCUCUCACCUCGCACACCAGGCUCCCCGCGCAAGACUCGCAGCUGUGUUUUUGUACGCGACAUGGGCGACAAUCCUUUCAUCACUCCUCCCCAUUCUCCUGCCAAAUUGAAGCCCAAAGCAGAUCUCGGUGUGCUUUCAAUACCAGAGCUACUGGCUACAUUCGAAUCGACUUCAUCACAUAUGGAAGACGGCUCGCCCACGAAGGCUAGGCACCUUUACAAUAGAUCGACAUCUCAUUCCUGCCAGCACGGUGCAACCGGUCGCUCGCAUAGUUAUUCAACGCCUGAACUUGGAAAGCGAUUGGAAGUCGAAUCACCCGCUCCAUCAAGUGAACUCGAACUCCAGGAGGAUGGUCAACUGCCGCACGAAUCGCACACGAGAUAUCUACAGCGUAACGGUCCAAAUGUCUCUGAAAGUCUCCUGACACAAACGAGUCGUUCCCACUCUCCUACUUUGAACGACGCUGGGGCUUUUGCAGCCGAAGAUCUCGACGAUAUACUAUCUAAUGCUGGUGUUGUCCUUGGAGAAGCUUCGCUAGCUCAUACUUGCCGCUCAUCAAUUCGUUGCCUCUCUUUCCCGCUCAGACCAAAUCAGUAUGCUGCAAGGGGUUGCCUGUUAUCGACACCCAGCCGGAUUGAUACAAGCACGCCUGAUCGUUUUAUUGCCAGUCGUCGCCCACCUGCCGUCACGCGGGAUAGCUUUAAACUUAACAGGCAUCUUCACCGGCUCGAGUCAGAGAGAGCGUCACAGCACGGUGCUCGCUCGCAUCCUGAUGCAUUUAGCCGAAGACUUCGCCGGAGUGGACGCUUAGUUAAUGAGCUGAGAGGUCUCCAAGAAGCACACUCUGCCAUCGUUGGAAGAGCUAGUGCACGCGAUAGGAACAACCACUUUAGACGAGGCUCUACCCCACUAGGCGCACGUCAAAUAAGUGCUGGGGCGGUUUGGAACGUCGGCGGGCCCUCCGCUGUGAGCGACACAGUAGUAGCUGUCUCUACUGGUAGAGGCGGUAUGCUUGGUCGUGGCACGAAUGCACCAUUGUAUCGGUCUGCCUUUCUUAACAGGGUAGAUCCAGAAGCUGAACUUGAAGCCUAUGAGCGCCGCCUUGCAUUGGCGCUUGACAUUGAUCAGACUGACCGUAUCCUGCAACACUCACCAGCAGAGACGAGUCCCAGAAUGCGCCGCAGCCUCCUUUCGUCACAUGUAAAGCAUGUUUGGCGCGAUGGAGUUUGGAUUAAAGAUGGUGUUAAUUCGCCUAAUCGCCGCUUGCAUCAAACCUCGCAAAGACCUGUGCCGGUUCUACCAUUCAGAUAUGUAUCAGAUGUGAUUGACAAUUUGGUCCUACUAAUCUGGUAUACAGUUCUCGAUGCUCCUCAGCUCCGAGAUGACUAUUACUGUACCUUGCUAGCUUACUGUCACACCUCGAAAUGCCUCGCGGUAGGUCUGGGGAACUUUGUCCAUCUUUGGUCAGAAAGAAGCGGCGUGGAGACACCCGAGUCACUCAACGUCAUCUCAGAUGAUGGUUUUGCGGAAAUACAGCACGUUACGUGCUUGGACUUCUCAUCGGUUCAAGGCGGCCAAGCCAUUCUUGCUGUAGGCCGAGCCGAUGGUCGCAUAUCACUUUGGAGUUCGUUCGACUCUGAACCGAGAUUCGAUGCGAGCCAGCCUAAGCCAGUCUCAUGUCUAUCGUGGAGGCCGACUACUGUCCUGCGACCUUCGCAGCGUGAUAGAGCAAUGGAUGUCCAGACCGAAGAACUUCUGGUUGGCGAUGAGGUAGGCCAUAUAUACAUCUACAGCAUCGAAUGGCCCUCGGAAACACAAAGUGCCAUCUUCGCCUGGCAUGGAGCCAUGAUACUUCUCGCUCGUCUUGCAAUUCACACCCAGCAAAUAUGCGGCCUUGCUUGGUCCGUGGAUGGCGAGCUCUUCGCAAGUGGCGGCAACGACAACAAUUGCUACCUCUUUGAAACAAAAAAGGUCUCGCAGUCCUCCACUCACGACCGUGACCGCCAUCAUCUCUCCACCACAGUCGACGUUCGCGAAGGCCCUUCGGGCGAAUCAAUCUACACCGUCAACAGCCGCCCAUCCCCUGUCCCACGCGUCCCCCAGACGUCUGCAAAACACAAAUGGACUCUCAACGCCGCCGUAAAAGCAAUAGCCUUUUGUCCAUGGCAACGCAGUCUCAUCGCCGUUAGUGGGGGCUCAAACGAUCGCUGCAUCUACUUUUAUCAUACGCGAUCGGGCGCCUGUCUGGCCACCAUCGACUGCGCCGCUCAGGUCACCAGCCUCAUCUGGUCGCAGACGAGGCGCGAAAUUGCUGCUACUUUUGGGUUUACGCAACCUGAGCACCCGUAUCGUGUUGCGGUGUUUGCAUGGCCGAGCUGCGAGCAGGUCGUCGCUGUGCCAUGGUGGGAUGAAAAUCGUGCGCUUUGUGCGGUGGCGUAUCCUGGGGGGCCGACGAGUGGGCCGCAGGGGGAUGACGCUGAUACGGGCGGGAGCAGUGCAAGUGCGAGAGGGGAAGAUGGUGUGUGGUCGAGACGGGGCAUUCAAGAAGGUUGUAUUGUUGUCGCGGCGAGCGACAUGGCUAUUAGGUUUCAUGAGAUUUGGUCGGAUAGAAAAGGGACCGUAUGCUCGGGAGAUCUUCUGUCGUCUGGCAUAGGGGGUCUAUUAGGGGAAGGUGAUCUGUUGGAAAGCUCGCACGGUGUCAACAGAGAGGAACCCGUGAUAAGAUGA